AAAGUGGAAUAGCGGAUUGUGGGAGAGACCAAUCGUGGUGAUCCUUGGUAGAGCUGUCGCCCUAGCAACGCGCGGAGCUGCCUGGGAGCGCUCUCUGGAGCGGGAGGCCGACUGGCUCUCUUCUGACACAAGGCCCAGGCCGUCCAGGUGGGGCUGUGGCCUCCAGGGAUCAGGGACUGGCUGCCUGCGAAUCCCAGUUAUCCGUCCGCCAGCACGUCUGCGCUCUGAACGGACCGCCUGGCCCCCUGCCUGGCCCGUCUACCGUCCAGUGCCCGGCCUCCACCCUUCUCCACCCCGGACCACAUAGUCCACUAACGAAGCUGACCCUGCUUCUGUCCCACAGCUUCCAAGUGCCAGAUGAUGGAGGAGCGUGCCAACCUGAUGCACAUGAUGAAACUCAGCAUCAGGGUCUUGCUCCAGUCUGCCUUGAGCCUGGGCCGCAGCCUGGAUGCGGACCAUGCCCCCUUGCAGCAGUUCUUUGUGGUGAUGGAACACUGCCUCAAACAUGGGCUGAAAGUUAAGAAGAGUUUUAUUGGCCAAAAUAAAUCUUUCUUUGGUCCUUUGGAGCUGGUGGAGAGACUUUGUCCAGAAGCAUCAGAUAUAGCUACUAGUGUCAGAAAUCUGCCAGAAUUAAAGACAGCUGUGGGAAGAGGCAGAGCUUGGCUUUAUCUUGCACUCAUGCAAAAGAAACUGGCAGAUUAUUUGAAAGUGCUUAUAGACAAUAAACAUCUCUUAAGUGAGUUCUAUGAGCCUGAGGCAUUGAUGAUGGAAGAAGAAGGGAUGGUGAUUGUUGGUCUGCUGGUAGGACUCAAUGUUCUUGAUGCCAAUCUCUGCUUAAAAGGAGAAGACUUGGAUUCUCAGGUUGGAGUGAUCGAUUUUUCCCUCUACCUUAAAGACGUGCAGGAUCUUGAUGGUGGCAAAGAGUAUGAAAGAAUUACUGAUGUCCUUGAUCAAAAAAAUUAUGUGGAAGAACUUAACCGGCACUUAAGCUGCACAGUUGGGGAUCUUCAAACCAAGAUAGAUGGCUUAGAAAAAACUAAUUCAAAGCUUCAAGAAGAGCUUUCAGCUGCAACAGACCGGAUUUGUUCACUUCAAGAAGAACAGCAACAAUUAAGAGAACAAAAUGAAUUAAUUCGUGAAAGAAGUGAAAAAAGUGUAGAGAUAACAAAACAAGAUACCAAAGUUGAGCUGGAUACUUACAAGCAAACCCGGCAAGGUCUGGAUGAAAUGUAUAGUGAUGUGUGGAAGCAGCUGAAAGAGGAGAAGAAAGUCCGAUUGGAACUAGAAAAAGAACUGGAGUUACAAAUUGGAAUGAAGACUGAAAUGGAAAUUGCAAUGAAGUUGCUUGAAAAGGACACCCACGAGAAGCAAGACACUCUAGUCGCCCUCCGCCAGCAGCUGGAAGAAGUCAAAGCGAUUAACUUACAGAUGUUUCACAAAGUUCAGAACGCAGAGAGCAGUUUACAGCAGAAGGAUGAAGCCAUCACAUCUUUUGAAGGGAAAACCAAUCAAGUUAUGUCCAGCAUGAAACAAAUGGAAGAAAGGUUGCAGCACUCUGAAAGUGCAAGGCGGGGAGCUGAAGCGAGGAGCCAGCAGCUGCAGCAGGAGCUGGGCGGGAGGAUCAGCGCCCUGCAGCUGCAGCUCUCGCAGCUGCAUGAGCAAUGCUCAAGUCUAGAGAAAGAAUUGAAAUCAGAAAAAGAGCAAAGACAAGCUCUUCAGCGAGAAUUACAGCAUGAGAAAGACACCUCCUCUCUACUCCGAACAGAGCUACAACAAGUAGAAGGAUUGAAAAAGGAGCUGCGGGAGCUCCAGGAUGAGAAGGCAGAGUUACAGAAGGUGUGUGACGAGCAGGAACAAGCCCUCCAGGAAAUGGGACUGCACCUCAGCCAGUCCAAGCUGAAGAUGGAAGACAUAAAAGAAGUAAAUAAGGCACUGAAGGGCCACACUUGGCUGAAAGAUGAUGAAGCAACGCACUGUAAGCAGUGUGAAAAGGAAUUCUCCAUUUCCCGGAGAAAGCACCACUGCCGAAACUGUGGCCACAUCUUCUGCAACACCUGCUCCAGCAAUGAACUGGCCCUGCCCUCCUACCCCAAGCCCGUGCGUGUGUGCGACAGCUGCCACACUCUGCUCCUGCAGCGCUGUUCCUCCACUGCCUCUUGAGGCCUGCAGGGGCAGCAGCCUGACCUGUCCUCAGGGUAGUGGCCAGCCUCGGGAACAGUGCCAAACUCUUCCAAGGAAAGGGUCAAAUCCCUGCCUGGGCUGCUGGCACUGUAGCAUGCCAGAACUGGAACCUGUGCACCUUUCUGUGACGUGUAUGGAAUUAACUCCUCUGUAUUAAAACUCUUCCAUCUUACUUUGUUACUUAACUGGCUUUAGUUCUGAUGUAACUUCAUGGUUUUGCUACUGUCAUUUUUCACUUUUCAAAUAAUUAACCUGUUUAACAGCAGUUGUACUAGUAAGUAAUCCGUUUUUCUCUCUCACAUCCCACAAACUUUGAUUUGUACACAGUGCUUUUUACCAUGUAAGGGGUCUGUCAGUGUGCCUUCUCAGCUUUAGUCAAGAGAUUUGCCAUUUCAUGCCCUUGUGAAUACCUACCAUUGGCCCUGCAAAAUAAAAGCGUUUAUUUUUCA